AGUCAUUUCACAACAAACCUAAUCUGACAGAAUCAACAAGGUAGCCUACUUAAAGGGAUUUUAUAAUUCUAAUGAAGAAACAGACAGAGGUGGCUUUCAACUGUUUUCAAAGGAAAUAUAAACUACAGAUAUCUACAGAUUUUACAAAUAUAUUUUUAUUCAUUAAUUCAUUUCUCUGGAAAUGAGGGCAAGCACAGCAAGGAUUUUAUUUUCCAUAGCAUUCAUCUGCUGGCAGAAUACAGUAGCCACAACCACUUCAUCAUCCAUGAUGACAAAGUCUAUUGUGGGAUCAGUAGAAAUCAAAAUCCAGCUCAUUCUUGAAGAAACAAGUGAAACAGAGGUACUUCAACUGGUCAAGCAGUUCCUAUCUUCACAAAUCAGAGGUGGAAGUCAACAAGAGAGGUUGCAAAGUGUAAAGUAUCAAAAAUUGCCUAGUGGAGCCUUUGCCAUCCAUUUGUCUUUCCUGAUCAGCAAUGUGAAGAUGUUAGAAGAUCUUCAGGGCAGGGAUGUAACUUAUAAAUCAAUCCAGGACUCCAUCAACGCACUGAUGAACUCAAUACAACAGAAACCAUGUGGGAUUCCUUCUGCAAACCACACGAGUAGCCAAAUAACAGCUGCAAGUACCACUGCUUCAUCUACAAAAUUCACAGAUGGCACAUCAUCAACAUCAGCUUCCACACCAACAACUGAAAGUCUGACCAGCACACCUGCAGCAGCCUUACCAACAACAACUUCUGCAAGUACCACUGCUUCAUCUACAAAAUCCACAGAUCGCACAUCAUCAACAUCAGCUUCCACACCAACAGCUAAAAGCCUGACCAGCACACCUGCAGCAGCCUUAUCAACAACAACUUCUGCAAGUACCACUGCUUCAUCUACAAAAUCCACAGAUCGCACAUCAUCAACAUCAGCUUCCACACCAACAACUGAAAGCCCGACCAGCACACCUGCAGCAGCCUCAUCAACAACAACUUCUGCAAGUACCACUGCUUCAUCUACAAAAUCCACAGAUCGCACAUCAUCAACAUCAGCUUCCACACCAACAACUGAAAGCCCGACCAGCACACCUGCAGCAGCCUCA